AUGGAUAAAAUAAUAAUAUGGAAUGUCAGGGGGGUUAAUAAUCCUAAUAAGCAGUUGGAGGUUAAGAAGUUUUUGACUAAGAAGGUUGUGGGGAUUGUUGGCCUCCUUGAAACGAAGGUUAAGGCUUCAAACAUGGGAAGUCUUUACCAAAAGUUGUUUAGUGGCUGGUGUUUUACUGCAAACUUAGCUGAGCAUAGGAGUGGUAGAAUUGUAUUGGCUUGGAAUCCCAACAGCUUCCUAGUUAAUAUCAUAUUCAUGAGUAGUCAAGUAAUUCACUGUUGUGUGAGCCCAAUGGGAGGGACAUGGUCUUUCUUUUUGAGUGUGAUAUAUGCUUUUAAUGAUGCAGCAAGUAGGAAAAUAGUGUGGAAGGAUCUUGAAGAGAUCUCACUGAAGAUUAAGGGUCCAUGGCUGAUGGGUGGAGACUUUAAUUGUGUCCUUAAUCCAGAGGAGAGAAUUGGAGCUGUGGUUAGACAACAUGAGAUUGCAAACUUGCAGAGAUGUAUGAGUGUCUGUGGUAUGAGGGACCUCAUGAGCUCUGGAUGUAUGUAUACAUGGAAUAAUAAACAGCAAGAAGAGUCUAGGGUAUUCUGCAAGCUUGACAGAGCCAUGGUGAAUGAGUCCUGGUUAGAUGUUUACCCUAGUGCUAUGGCACACUUCAUGCCUGAGGGAAUAUUUGAUCACACUCCAAUUGUGAUAAAUGUUUACCCUAGUAUUGAACCAGGUAAACAACCAUUUAUAUAUUACACUAUGUGGAGUAGAGAUGAGAAAUUUGAAAGAAUUGUAGCUGAGUGCUGGGCAACUCAGGUGAGUGGAAGUAAAAUGUAUCAGGUGACUAGUAGAUUGAAAAAAAUCAAGCAAGGCCUGAAAAAGCUGAAUGCAGAGGGCUUCUCAGAUUUACAAGCUUCAGAUAUCAGGGCCCUGAGAUCUUUAAUGCAGUGUCAGGAGAGACUUCAAGCUCAGCCCAUGAACAUGGAGUACAGAAGGGCUGAAAGAGAGGCAGGUAUUCAGUAUAACCUUGUUCACAAGCAGUAUUUGUCAUUCUUGGCACAGAAGUCUAAGAUGAGAUGGUGCAAGGAUGGUGAUGAGAACACAAAGCUAUUCCAUCAGUCCAUUAGAGCGAGGAGGUUGCAAAACACAGUGUAUGCUAUACAUGAUGAUCAAGGCAAUUGGAUGGAGAAUGUGGAGGAAGUCAACACAGCUUUCUUGAACUACUAUAAAAAGCUCCUAGGGUCAGAGUUACUUAACAGAAUUCCUGUUAAGGAAAGUGUCAUUAAUAAGGGACCUGUGCUGAGUGUAGAACACAAGGAGUUCCUUAAUAGACAGUACACAACUGAGGAGGUUAAAUGUGCUCUUUUCUCAAUACCAGGGGAUAAAGCCCCGGGUCCUGAUGGCUUUGGGGGCUAUUUUUUCAGGGAUGCUUGGACUAUUAUAGGGGAGGAUGUAACUGCAACUGUUCUGGCCUUCUUUAAUUCUGGAAAGUUAUUAAAAGAGGUAAAUGCUACAACCCUCACUCUUAUUCCUAAAAUACCAUGCCCUAGUUCUGUAAAAGAAUUUAGGCCCAUAGCAUGUUGUAAUGUGCUAUAUAAGUGCAUUACUAAAAUGUUAUGUAAUAGGCUUAGAGUGGUGUCGCCUGAGCUUAUUGCUGAGAACCAAGGGGAGUUUGUGCAUGAAAGAUUCAUUGUUCAUAACAUCAUGGUGUGCCAAGAUCUAGUGAGACACUAUGGGAGAAAGAAUGUGAAGCCUAGCUGUAUUAUGAAAUUGGAUAUGCAGAAGGCUUAUGAUACUAUUGAUUGGCAGUUCCUAAAUGAGAUGAUGGUAGCACUUCAAUUUCCAUCUCAUUUUAUUCACCUUGUAAUGACAUGUGUUAGAACCCCUAGAUUCUCCUUGAUGCUUAAUGGUUCACUUCAUGGUUUCUUUGAAUCAAAAAGGGGUCUGAGACAAGGGGAUCCCAUCUCCCCUCUACUGUUUGUAAUAUGUAUGGAGUAUAUGUCUAGGAUUAUGAAAUCCUUAGACACUAUGCCUGCAUUUAGAUAUCACCCAAGAUGUAAGGGGAUAAAAUUAUCACACUUAGUAUUUGCAGAUGAUGUAAUUCUUUGUUGUGGUGGUGAUUUUCCUUCAGUUUAUGUAAUGCUGCAAGCUUUUCAGCUCUUCUCUGAUUCAUCUGGACUCCAGAUCAAUAACCAGAAGUCUGAGUUUUACACAGCAGGUAUAAAUGAAAGCCUGAUUCUUAGAAUUAGGAAUGCAUCUGGGUUUAGACAUAGUGAACUCCCUUUUAAGUAUCUGGGGGUUCCCAUAUGUGCAAAGAGGAUCUCUACAGCUGAAUGUGGAGUUUUGGUGGAGAAGAUGAGUGCAAGAAUCAAGAUUUGGAGCAGUAGGCAUCUGUCCUACACUGGUAGGCUUCAACUAGUCAACUCUGUGCUGAUGAGUAUCCAUGUGUACUGGGCUCAGGUGUUCAUAAUCCCAAGAUGUGUCCUGCAAGAUAUUGAAAGAGUUUGUAGAGCUUACUUAUGGACAGGCUGUUAUCACACAGCUAGAGGAGGGAAUGUAGCAUGGGAUAAGGUUUGCCAGCCUAAACAAGCUAGGGGGCUGGGUAUAAGACAGGUCAUGCAAUGGAAUAAAGCAGCUAUGACAAAAUAUGUGUGGGCAAUAGCCAGUAAACAGGACUCACUGUGGAUCAAAUGGUUAAAUAAUGUUUACAUCAAAGGGGCUGAUUGGUGGACAUACCAAGCUCCACAAAAUAGCAGCUGGUACUGGAAACAGAUAUGCAAGGUCAAGGAGGAGAUUCAGAGGGUUUAUAGGUAA